AUGGUAGAUGUUGAGACAAGUGAAGAACUUGAAUUUAAGUGGGGAAAAAAGAAAGGAAGGGGAGGGAGAAAUAAGGAUGUUCAGUUUUAUGAAUCUUUUACUUAUGAUGGCGUGGAGUAUGGUCUUUAUGAUUGUGUUUAUCUUUACAAGGAAAGUGAACCCGAGCCUGAGAUUGGUAAGCUAAUAAAAAUAUGGGAGACUGGUGAGAAGGCAAAGAAAGUCAAAGUUCUAUGGUUUUUCCGCCCCUGUGAGAUUUUGAAUUUUCUUGGAGCUGAAGAGAUACUUGAGAAUGAGUUGUUUUUGGCAUCUGGUGAAGGUGUAGGCCUUGCGAAUCUUAAUCCAUUGGAAGCCAUUGCUGGAAAAUGCAAUGUUCUUUGCAUUUCAAAGGACAAGGAAAAUCCUCUACCUUCAGCUGAAGAACUUCAAAUGGCUGAAUUUGUAUUUCGUCGAACCUUUGACGUUGGGCAGCAGAAAAUCAUGGAUAAGAUAGAUGGACAAAUUGCUGGGAUUGAUGUUAAAUUCAUGUUUAACCGAAUGGAUAUUCAGAAGCCUGGUGGCGUUCUGAAAGUUGAUUUAGGAAAAAACGAAGUUUGUGGGAAUUCCAUAGAAAGUAAUGAAACAAUGGUUCUAUCAAAGAAAAACUCAUUUAAAGAACAUGUCACUUUAGAGACAAAUGGAAAUUGUGUUGAUUCUUCAACACAAGAAAAUGCUGAUUUGGUUAAGCAUAAACCUUCGCUUGUAGAAAAGCCUGCUUUUGGUGUAGGUUUAAAAUCAAGUGACAUGGAUAAAACUAAUGAAAAAGGGGAACAUGCGUCAAACCCCAAGGCCUUAUUGAGGUCUAAAGUUAAAAGCGACGAGGGUGAGGUAAGACGUGGUAAAGUUCAUGCACGACAAGUUGCGGAGGAAGAAAUUGUAAAGUGUACCAAGGAUUCUGUUGAUUUGGACAAUAGGCCAACCAAGAAGGCGAAGAUUGAUUGUACUAUUAAAGUAUCCGAUGAUAAGGGAAAAAUUUGUGAGCAAAGACAUGUUAAGGUGGAAGAAAAGAUAAGAUGCACAAAGGGUUCUAGUGAAUUGGACCAUGGACAGUCUAAGUCGAAGCUUAACACUUCAACCAAGGUGGUAAAUGACAAAAGCAAAAGUAGUGACCAUAAGCUUAUGAAUGAUAAAAAGGUUUUAUCAUCAACUGCUUCUACACUUGAUGAUAAAUGCAAACUUAAAAGUAUGGAGAAUUCUCUUGGGACAAACAAAGCCCCUUGCAAGAAGACGAAGCCCGAUGAUAAGGCAACAACUCUUUCUAAUGUCAAGUUGCCUAAAACCUCUCAACGUAAGGAUUUUCUUGGGACAAACGAAGGCCCUUCCAAGAAGAUGAAGCCCGAUGUUAAGGUUAUGACGCUUUUUGAUGGCAAGUUGCCACCUCCUACAGAGUCUCAGAAUAAGGCCAAAAAUUAUGGUUCCCAAGUGUUGGAAGUCACUCAACGUCCUGAUGCUGACAGAAGAACAUGGUUUAAGGGAUUUCCUUGGGAAGAUAGAAUGCAGACUGCACAUGAGCAAGGCACCCUUGUUUUGCUCCAGAAUUUGGAUCCGGCAUACACUUCAGCAGAAGUGGAGGACAUAGUAUGGCAUGGUUUCAAGGAAAGUUGCACGGCUAAGAUGAUUCAGCGAAUUUCAAAUUCUAGCCCUCACUCAGGACAAGCUCUCGUUAUUUUUAAAACUAGGGAAGCAGCACAGAUGGUUGUUAGAAAAUUAGAUGAGGGCUGCUUGUUAUUGUCAAAUGGAAGGCCGCUUGUCGGCAGCAUCAGAACUCGCCCUGCGGAAAAGAAACCAAUUUUUUAUGGUCAUCUAGUUAUUGAUAAACUUCGGCAGCAAAUGAUGCGGGAAAGGGAGAUGAAAGAAGCUGUAUCCACUUCGCAUUGUUCUCAGCCUAACACUACUGAAUAUGAUAUGGCCAUGGAGUGGUGCUUACUACAAGAAAGAUCAGACCUUGUUUGGGGGAACCUGUAUAAGCAACAAGGUAAGGAGUUGAGAAAACUCAAAGCUGAACUCAAGGCCAAAUGA